UAUUGUUUUGUAUAACUUUAGUCUGACACUUAAGUUCCGUUGUAAGAUAUUAUUUGGAUGUGGAUAUACUAAAACUUGAACUUAAAAUAAGUUAUAAUUCACUGAUCAUACGUUUAAGAAAAGUGUUACUUAGUGUAUUGUUUUGAAGUUUUAACUUAGUUCUACGACGUGAGCGUAAUAUCGUAGAAUAUUUUAAUUUGACCAUGAAACUUUUUAUAGGUUUUGUAAUGACGUCAUAUUCAUACACCAUAGGUUUAUUGAGUGAUAUAAUUAAAUAAUAACCAUUUGAAGACUUUAGAAAGGUUAGAUUUAAUGUAAACUGAUAAGAAUAUGCGGUAAAUUCAAGCGAAGAGACUAUUUCAAAGUUUUGUUAUGACUCAUAGUCGAUGUUCAUGAAUACCGAUUUCAACUUUAACUAGUAAAAUGACUGAGAAUAGUAAAAAAAGAUCAAAUAGUUUCCGUAAAAUAUUUCCAAAUCUAUUCUUCACUCAUCGUUCUAAGGACAAGAAUAGCAGUAAAGAAUAUGGAGCCAGUCAUAAAAACGUAGCAGAAAUUAAUGCAAACAAAAAUCAGUACCAAAACCCUCGAACCUUAGUAGAUAAAAAAUCAUUUAUUCAAGAGUCAGACACCUCUCAAGAACGGAUUUAUGAAAACUUGGCAGCGACCCAUAGAUUGGAAAACGAUCGCAUUGUGGACCUUUCGAGCAAUAAUUCUUCCAGUAGUACAUUAGUUUCAGAUAAUAUAAAACAUCCAACAGAUUUCGCAGACAUACCAAAAAAUGGAAACUUCUAUACCACUUAUAUGGCAAGACCGCAAGUGCCGCCGAAACCCCAAGGUGAAAUAAUGCAAUCAACAUCACCGAGACCUCAAAAGGUAAAUGACUUUAAUAAUAGUCAAUAUCCAGAUGUAUACUACCAUUCCUUAGAAAAACUAAUAGACAAGAUAACUCCACUUGAUGAAAUUGAAAUUUACAAAGCGUCCCAAGCUCAAGCGAAUCCAGCAUCGGUCGGUGCGGAGAUUAAAAGAGUAAGCACGAAAUUCCUCAUUUCACCAAAAAAAGAAGCUGAAGUACGAACUAUUCAACCGACCAGAGCUCGAAGUCUUUCUUUAGACAAAAACAAUCCUCGGAAUACUUCGAAACAAAGUGAAGACUCUGCACAAAACCACGAUUAUGUUAAGAAACCUUAUAAUUAUUCUGCACCCACUUCACCAGUUGCUGUAAAUCCAAAAAGACCCAAUAUUCCGAAAACAGUGUCUCCUUAUGGACACGUAAGAAAAACGAUGAUAGAAACAGAAGAAAAACGAAAUUCAAUAAGUAGGUCAAGCAUUGGUAACAAAUCAACACCUUCACCUAGACCCCAAUACCUUGACAUAACUAAACCUCCUACGCCUAGAAGUAGCAACGGAGACAACGAUAAAGAAAAGACGCGUCAGAAAAUUGAGGCCUUUUAUUGGCAGAAACUCAAAGAAUUGAAAGAAAAAGAAGACGAUCAUUUAUUAAAGCAAUCUUUGGAUAACAUCCAUAUUUCACCACAAAAAUUUAACACGGUAUACUCUAGUUCCAAUUGUAGUACACCGAGUUCCUUUGUAAUUGAACCAAAAAGUUACAGUUUACCGCGAGGGCGGGACUUGAAUUACAACAUGGCCCAACCAAUUUACGCACUUCCACCUUUUGCGAGAGGCGCUCCAGAGCGGCGGACUGAUUCAUUCAUACGAAAUCGCACAGCCGACGCAGAUGCAGACAUCGUGUAUAGACAAAUGCGUAAAUCUAGUUCAAGAACUACGUCACCAGUAGUUAACAGACAAAUGCCGAUUUUUCAACGCGGUUCUUUAACGCCGGACGGAAGACACAACAUUUAUCAACCAAAACGAGUGAGCUUCGAGGAGCAGUACGCUAAAACUUCUCUACCAAACAAUAGUGAAGUUCCAAAAAGUGUUGCGUUAGAUGUGAAGUUAUCGAAUGACAGUUACAAAAUAUUGAGUGCCCGGAACGCUUUGUUCACGAGUAAAAUAAAUAGUUCGGGAUCUCAGGACUAUGGAACUCCACCUAAACCUCCAGUUCGGACAACUAGUGUAGACAGUGUCGGAAAAAUAAACAAAAUCGUAAACAAAAACACUGCGUACUUAACACGAGGAAAUCAUUCUGUAUACUCGGAGUCUGAAAGCGGUUCGGAGGCUGGCGAAAUUCAAAAAAUUUUGCAGAGAACUUCACAAAAUGAUCAUUUCAAUCUUUUUGACGUCAGGCCUUGAGUUGCGCAUUGCGCAGUUUUCUCUCCCAUACCGCUAUGCUCCACAUUACCUAAAAAAUUGAGCUGCGCACGCACCCGCUCGAAUGUCUGACUUUAAGAUGACAAACACCAUACAAGAGUUAGAGCAGUUAUGAAGUGACGUUGCUAUUCGAAAAUCCACAUGCUAGAAAAGUAUCUUGAAAAGUCUUUGUUAUAACAAAGACUUUCCGGAAACUACAAACAAACAAAACAACGAACGUUAAACGAACAACGUUAUGAGAUUCCAACGUGACGGAACGACAAAAAUACGACGUAGAUGUGUGCGAUGUUUUACGUAGUUUACAGUUUCCCGUCCCCUGACACGGUCUAACAAAACACUGUUAACAGACUGUCCGCUUUCCACUGUCCAACAUUGCUCAUGUAUAUUUCAUGUAUGCAAAUUUUAGUUACCCUUCUGGCAGCGCGCAAAAUUUCCUCUGAGCCUUUGAAACUUCAGUUUUGUGAGUUUAUUUUGAAUACAUCAGCGUACGAUAACGUGAUUUAUAUAUUU